GCAAGCAUAUCCAAAAAGAUUCCAAGCGACUUCCUUGACGCUAUUGCAAUCUAAUUUUUUAAAUAUUUUCAAACCUUCAAUCGACAUCUCCGAGGAUCCCUUCUUCUUGUUAUAAACCUCCAUGCCUCUCACCUUCAUCCAUUGAUAAACAUCUAAUGGACAAACCACUAUGGCUCAACCCUCAUUUCCUCCCUCUCCUUUUAACCAUCUUCUUCUUCCCUCCAUUCCCUUUACAACCCUCUCUUUUGACCGCCUUACAAAGCGAUUACGUCCGACAUCCGCCUCGAAAAGUCGUCGUCACUCAACACCACCGAUCCAAAUCCGACCCUCAACAGGUGCAUACAUCUCUUGCAGGCAAAGAUUACAUGCGAAUCAGUUGGAUUACAGACGAUAAAGACGUGCCGUCGGAGGUGGAAUAUGGGACGGUCUCGGGGCGAUAUAAUGCCAUGGCUGUCGGAGACCAUACCUCGUAUCAUUACUUCUUUUACAGCUCCGGGAAGAUACAUCAUGUUAAUAUCGGACCCUUGGAGCCAUCGACGACUUAUUACUAUAGGUGUGGUGGUCACGGCCCUGAAUUUUCAUUCAAGACUCCUCCACAAACUUUUCCUAUUGAAUUUGUUGUGGCUGGCGACCUUGGACAGACAGAAUGGACUGCAUCAACUUUAUCACAUGUCGAUAGCAAGGACUACGAUGUGUUCAUAUUACCAGGUGACCUAUCUUACGCAGACACACAACAACCACUAUGGGACUCAUUUGGCCGCCUCGUGGAGCCCUACGCCAGCCGCCGCCCAUGGAUGGUGACGGAAGGAAACCAUGAGAUGGAGAUGUUCCCAAUUAUCUACCCUCAUGGUUUCAAAGCCUACAAUGCUCGUUGGCUAAUGCCGUACCAACAAAGCGGCUCAACCUCGAAUCUGUAUUAUUCUUUCAAUGCCGCCGGUUCCCAUGUCAUAAUGCUAGGGUCUUACACAGAUUUCGACGGUGAUUCGGCUCAAUACAAGUGGCUUGAAUCUGACUUGGCUAAGGUUGAUAGGAAGAAGACGCCAUGGGUGGUUGUGGUACUGCAUGCGCCAUGGCAUAGCACUAAUUUGGCUCAUAAAGGAGAAGGGGAAAGCAUGAGAAAAGCCAUGGAAGAUUUGUUGUACAAGGCACGAGUUGACGUGGUAUUUUCAGGCCAUGUUCAUGCAUAUGAACGAUUUACUAGGAUUUAUGAUAACAAGGCUGAUCCAUGUGGGCCGGUAUACAUAACCAUUGGUGAUGGAGGAAACCGAGAAGGACUUGCAUUAGUGUUUGAGAAUCCAACUUCAGAACUUUCAGUUUAUAGAGAGCCAAGCUUUGGACAUGGUCGGCUAAGGGUGGUAAACGAAAGCCGGGCACAUUGGUCAUGGCACCGCAACAAUGAUUCCGAUUCGUUCGUCGCCGAUGAAGUUUGGCUACAAAGUUUAACCACAACCGAAUCAUGUUGGCUCUAUCCAGGAAAUACCGAUGGCUCGAUGGUUAACAAAGAUGAACUAUAAAAACAAAACAACACGUGAUAUGUGAAAGAUGUCUUUUAGUUUCUCAAAUUAGAAGAUCGAUUAAUUGAAAUUUCUUUUCUUUUGUAAGGCCAAAAAAAUGGAUUCAAAUAUCAUGUGUUUGUACUUGUGGGUUAUUAAAUUUAGUGAAGGCCAAAAUAACAAGUAAAAUAGU